UUUGGGCUGUACAGGCUGGGGCCAAGCAAACAGGGCUAAACUGCUUCAUGCUCUACACUACAAACGUAUUACAGCCUAUACUGUUUUCUCUACUGUAGAUACAACACAAAAACCUCUGUACUCGCUGAGUUUUAAUGUGGCUACCAUCCUGACGGUAGCUUGAAGCUUUCCUAGAAAAUGUUCAUUUCUUUGGGGGUUUUUAUGGAGUUUUCUGAACAGGAUUAAAUGCCCCACCUCUCCACCAGUCCAACAGACUGAUGAAGAUGCACUCCCAAGGAGUGAUGGUGAAGUCGUCUCCGUCUCCUUCUCCAGCGUUUGUGCACAUCAGUGAUAAAGACCUGACUGAGAUUGAACUGCACUCUGUGGACUCUAUCAGUGACCUGCACCGCACACACACAGAGCAGCACAGCAAAGGUGUCAGACCACCCCGUCCACGACCUCCAUCCACUAAUGGAACUCUUCAGAUGCUGGAGAGACCGGUUGUCUUUCAAACAGGGCAUCAAAAAAAAAGAUCUCAUUGGAAUCAGCUCAGCAGUGUGUGUGCGCCCUCUAGGCGGCGCUACUCUAUGGUGUGUGCAACUGUAAUUCUCAUCCUCCUCACUCUUAUCCUCAUCUUCAGCUUCUUAGUUCAGCAGAGCAGAGCCCUAACCAGCCUAUCAGAGGUGGUGCGGCACAGGGAGGAAACAGCUGAGGAACUCUCGCUCCUCCUUCAGGAGCUCCAGGCUCUGCGCAGAAACAUGUCUGCAACAAGGAAUGCCCACUGACUACACUGUUGCGUGUAGAAUUACUUAAUCAUACUGGAGAAAAGAUGUGAUUUUGUGUCUUUAAAGCAGAAGUUGACGGACUACAGGUGGCCAGAUUCACAACGGUGACAGGGUAAUUCAAAAAUAGAAUUACUUAUAUUCUAUAACAUAAAAUAAUGUGACACUAUAAAUCAAGCUUACCGAUGCAUUAGUAAUGAAAUGCAUGUUUACAUAUGUGUUACAUAUCCUCAAUUAAAAUCUGGCCAAAAAGAUCCGUUUUUUAUCAAGCAGCUGGAAUUAAGAGAUGAAUUUUGCUGACCUGAUUUCGGUUUUUGGUUUAGAAUGUGGACUAACGUUACCAAGUUUGAGCUUAUUAUCUCAUAUAAAAGGGUCCUUCUUAUUUAGAAAACUUUGCCUCUGUCACAAAAAUUGAUGUAUUGAGGGCCACUGUUAUGUGAUGUGGAACAACUGACCUCUAUGCAGCAAAACUGAGCUUUAUAGAUGCCAGGCAGGAGGUAUUAGUGGAGCAAGUAAAACUAACCCUGCUCUAGCCCAUGAGUUACACUGAUGGGCUAGAGCAGGGUUAGUUUUACUUGCUCCACUAAUACCUAUUAGUGAGCUAUGACUAUGACUAUAUUCUUUUAAAGGAGAAUUCCCCUGAUUUUUCUUUUUUAAAUUCUGCAUUAUUAAAUCAUUAAGAUGUAAACAGAGUCAUUCAGAGUGGUUUGA